CAUAGAAGCUAAAGCUAGCUUCACCACGUGUAGUUCUGACCCUGGGAACAGCCAGUAAUCCAGAACCAGCCAACCUAAAGGGUCUGCAAGGUUCGCACUGGGUCAGGAUGUCUACCUUAGUAGUAUCUUAGUAGGAGAUGCAGAGAGGACAUUUCUGGGUGUUGUAGGAGUUUCCGGGGAAGGUGUGCAGCAGCUGCCGAGAGCGGCUUUCAGUCCCUCUCAGAAACCUGUGGAAUAACUCGUUUAAUUGAGAAGACACGGCUUUCUUUAAAGUAAGCAGACGUUUUGAUCCACCCUCCACUCCAGUUGGCGACGGUAACGCGCCAAAUCGUUGUUUGCCAACCGCCAAUACAACUAACGAAGAAGAAUGAACACGGCUUCCGUCUUACGUCAUCACAACCCACGUGAAUAAUCAAAACAUCAUGGCGGCUGGUUACAAAACUGCUGAGCCCCUGGAAUACCACAGGAGUUUUCUGAAAGAAAACUGUCGGCCCGAUGGAAGGGACCUGUUGGAAUUUAGAACCACAACGCUGAAUAUAGGGUCUAUAUCCACAGCAGAUGGCUCAGCCUUAGUGAAAGUCGGAAACACCACUGUCAUCUGUGGGAUCAAAGCGGAGCUGGCAAACCCUGCUGUUGAUACACCAAACAAGGGUUACAUUGUACCCAAUGUGGACCUGCCACCUCUGUGUUCCUCUCAGUUCCGCCAGGGGCCUCCGGGAGAACAGGCACAGGCUGCCAGCCAGUUCAUCGCUGAUGUCAUAGAGAGCUCUGAAGUGAUACUGGCAGAAGACCUGUGUAUUGUGAGAGAAAAGCUCUGCUGGGUGCUGUACUGUGAUCUCAUGUGUCUCGACUACGAUGGGAAUGUGAUGGAUGCUUGCAUCAUUGCCUUGCUGGCUGCAAUGAAAACCACAAAACUUCCAGAGGUCACAAUCAAUGCGGAGACAGACGCACCAGAGGUAAACCUGGCUAAGAAAAGCGGGCUGCAAAUUCACAAACAUCCAGUGGGCAUCUCUUUUUCUGUGUUUGACAACUCAUCGCUGACAGUGGAUCCGACUGCGGAGGAGGAAAAUUUUUCGACCGCUCAUCUCACUGUGGUCGUAGAUGAGGAGGGACGUCUUUGCUCUGUCUACAAACCAGGUGGGACAUCACUAUCGGAGGAGAAGCUACAGGAAUGUAUCAGCAGAGCCACGGCACGGCAGAGAGAGAUCCAGAAGCUCAUCGACAAAGUCAUACAGAGCAUCAAGGAAGCACAAUAAGGACCACAAACAACACUUUUAUCUAAAAGUUUUAUUUUUCACUGUCAAUAUAUAUUCUUUUUUUAAUAACAAUAAAACUGCUGACAAAGACCCUUUAAAAAA